CUUAUAAUCAGAGAUUCCGGUCAUUGAUCACAAUCAUUUUAGGCACAACAAUGUCUAACAGUACUGCAGGUCAAGUUAUUCGAUGCAAAGCAGCUGUGGCAUGGGAGGCGGGAAAGCCGUUGGUGGUGGAAGAAGUUGAGGUGGCACCUCCCCAGAAAAUGGAAGUUCGUUUGAGGAUUCUAGUUACUUCCCUUUGCCAUACUGAUGUUUACUUCUGGGAAGCUAAGGGUCAAACACCACUCUUCCCUCGGAUAUUUGGUCAUGAAGCAGGAGGAAUUGUGGAGAGUGUAGGUGAAGGGGUGACGGAUUUGCAGCCAGGAGACCAUGUUCUUCCUAUAUUCACAGGAGAAUGCAAGGAUUGCCGCCAUUGUAAGUCAGAGGAAAGCAAUAUGUGCGACCUUCUCAGGAUAAAUACCGAUAGAGGUGCCAUGUUACAUGAUGGCCGGACAAGGUUCUCCAAAAAUGGGCAGCCAAUAUACCACUUCCUUGGGACUUCAACCUUCAGCGAGUAUACUGUUGUCCAUGUUGGUUGUGUUGCCAAGAUCAACCCACAAGCACCACUAGAUAAAGUUUGCGUUCUUAGCUGUGGGAUAUCUACAGGACUUGGUGCAACUCUAAAUGUUGCAAAACCAACAAAGGGAUCAACAGUCGCCAUUUUUGGACUUGGGGCUGUAGGCCUUGCUGCUGCUGAAGGAGCUCGCAUUUCCGGGGCUUCAAGGAUCAUUGGUGUUGACAUGAAUGCCAAUAGAUUCAAUGACGCAAGGAAGUUCGGUGUUACCGAGUUUGUAAACCCAAAAGAUUAUGACAAGCCAGUUCAACAGGUGAUCGCUGAAAUGACUGAUGGAGGAGUGGACAGAAGUGUUGAGUGCACUGGAAAUGCCAGUGCCAUGAUCUCUGCAUUUGAAUGUGUUCAUGAUGGCUGGGGUGUAGCUGUGCUUGUUGGUGUGCCAAACAAGGAUGAUGCAUUCAAAACACAUCCUGUGAAUCUGCUGAAUGAGAGGACUCUCAAGGGCACCUUCUUCGGCAACUAUAAGCCCCGUAGUGACAUUCCAGGUGUUGUAGAAAAAUACAUGAAAAAGGAGCUAGAGCUUGAGAAGUUCAUCACCCACGAAGUCCCUUUCUCAGAGAUUAACAAGGCAUUUGACUACAUGCUACGAGGAGAAAGUCUCCGCUGCAUCAUCCGCAUGGAAGCUUAGAGCUCUUGCCUCUUAAAGAUUUGGGAGGACUGAAAGUUUUAUGGUGGCAAUAAAUAGAAGUCUCGGGAGGUAGUGAUGUUAGAAAGAAUGUUUUGAGUGCAUACCAU